GCGCGCGCGCGCGCGCGCGUGUGUCUUGACACUUUGUAUGUUGCUCCACCUCCAUUGCUUUAAAUUUAAGUCGCUAUUCAGCCGCCGUGAAGCAGUUUCUCAAGAGGAAGCAGGCAGUAGGCGGACUGUUCUCUUAGUGAGGAGAAACGGAAAGACGAUUGACGAUGGCAGAGAAUAACAAGACGGGCCCAAACCUCCAGGCUGGAGCUGGAUUCCUUGCCAAGCGGGUCCAGAAGUCUUUAAAUCGAGCUCAGGAGAAGGUCCUCCAAAAACUGGGCAAAACCAUGGAGACCAAGGAUGAACAGUUUGAGCUGUGUUUCCAGAGCCUCAACAAACAGCAGAACGAUGGAAGCAGGCUGUUUAAAGAUGUCAAAGCCUACCAUGCAGCGGUAAAAGCCAUGCAUGAGACGUCCAAGCGACUGUCCCAGACGUUGCGAGACAUCUACGAACCAGACUGGAAUGGAGGGGAGGACCUUGCUGUCAUUACAGAAAGUGAAGACUUGCUGUGGAACGACUACGAAGAGAAACUAAGUGACCAGAUAGUCCGCACCAUGGAGAACUAUACGAGCCAGUUCCCUGAGGUCAAGGAACGGGUCGCCAAACGCGGUCGCAAGCUGGUGGACUAUGAUUCAGCACGUCACCACCUGGAAGCGCUCCAGAGUGCCAAGAAAAAGGAUGAGGGCAAAAUAACAAAGGCAGAGGAAGAGUUCAACAAAACCCAGAAUGUCUUUGAAGAAAUAAAUAACGAGCUGAGGGAGGAGCUGCCGGUUCUCUAUCAGAGCCGGAUAGGUUGCUAUGUGACGGUGUUCCAAAACGUAUCGAACCUGAGAGACGUCUUCUAUAAGGAAAUGAGCGUGCUGAACCAUGACCUGUACAAUGUGAUGAAGAAACUGGAGACUCAACACUCGGGAAAAGCUUUCAUCAUCAAGGGUCUCAACAGCACGUCAAGCAAGUCAAAGAAGAGAAAGUCCCUGGUUAUCUCCAAUCCCAUCCCUUGCAACACAGCUUUCCCAACCGACCACGUCUCCAUGCAUUCCUCCACUGAAAAUGGAAAAGACGCUGUUCCCUCUUCCACUGUCAAACGAACUGAAAGCAUCUGUGAAGAAACCGGCCCGCCAGAAGAAAGCAGUGUCUCAUCCAAAGAUGUCAACUCGUCAGACUCCGAUCUCAGCUCCAGCGGUGCCAACACACCUAAGAGGCGGUCGGUAUGUGACAAUGACAACGGCAAGAGGAGCACAGGGAGUCAAAGUCCAGCGGAGGUCGAUGCAGAUGCAGUCGCAGAUGCAGAUGCAGUCGCAGAUGCAGAUGCAGAUGCAGAUGCAGAUGCAGAUGCAGACGCAGACGCAGACGCAGAUGCAGAUGCAGAUGCAGAUCCAGACGCAGAAGCUGAACUUGCGGCAAACCAGUCAGAUGACUCCGGGGUAAGUGUACCAAAGUCAGAGGCGGAAAGUCAGGAAGUGUCCAAUCCCUCUGACUCUGCAGAUAGUACCCCCCAGAGUCCAGAGCAGGAGAAUGUGAGUGAUCCACCAUCAGUGAAAGAAAAUCCCAAACCUGUACCGGUUCCUGCCCCUCGCGUCUCCUUCCACUCCAAAGAUAGACACCCCCUCUUAACCGCUAAGGAGCAGAAGGAGACGGACGAGGAAGAAUCAGUCAACCAGGAGACAGCUGACCCGGGCCAUGACUCCAGUUCCCACAAUCCACCAGGCUUUCUUUACAAGGGGGUGGCGUUGGAGAGCCAUGCAGCGUCUGAAGACGGUCUGCUCCAGUUUGAACAGGGCGACAUCAUCUUGGUGCUUGCUGACACUCUAGAGCAGGAAGGCCUGGUGAGGGGGAUCAGGGAGGAGAGCUGGAACCAGCACAGGGAACUACAAAACCACUCUGGGAUCUUCUUGGAAAAACUCCUCCGGCCUGUCGAUGCAGAGUGAGGCAAUAGUUGCUCCUUGGUCUGUAAUUCUGUUUUUUUCCUUUUUGAGCAGUUGGUGAUUCCUCUCACACCCCCCC